UGUUCCCUUGCUACCUCUGAUAUUACCAAUCAAUCGACCCUAUUUACAAUGGAUUUAUUGUAUUUACAAGGAAAAAAUUGUGGUAACCCAAAUGUUUUAAUAUUUGGAAUUUCUAAACCAGUAAAUUUAAGCCUUGAUUGGACGUUGGCGGAAUACACUAAACUUCGUACAUUUAUUGUUUUAAUUUUAUAUGCAAUUAUUAGUUGUUUGUGGAUAAUUUUAUCUCUUGCUUGUAUGUCUGCUGUCUAUAAAUCAAAUUUUAAAAGACCGGUAAAUAAGUGCCUGAGUGCCUUGUGGCUUUUGGCUAUUUUAGGCGGUAGUACUAUAGAUGGUAUAGCAGCAGGUUUUUACGGAUCCGAUAUUUAUUAUACAAUGUCUGCUGCUUCAACUUUUCAGUACCUUAAUAUAACAGUUGAUCCCACAGUUGACGCAUUGACGAUGGAAUAUUUAGAAGAGUUUGAUGUAUAUUUUUCAACGCCGGCCUUAAUUAUGACGUUGUUAACUUGUAGAGUUGGUAUACUUUUUUUAAUUAAUAUUUUCGGUUGUGGUUUAUGUGUAGCAGCAAUGACAGUGAGUACACAAAUUUUAAAUUUUCUAUGUAUUUAUUAAACAAGAUGUUAGGAGCUGUUGUUGAACUUUUACAAUAAUAUUUUUCAUUUCAGAAACUUCCCAUUAAAUUUAAAAAUACCGAAGAUAAUACUUAUUCUAAUAGCAAUACUUAUUUUAUUAAAUAAUGGGCAGUGCAAAUAGUAUUGGAAGAUUUCAAUAAAAAUACUAACAUAUAAGAUUGUAUAAACCACAUCGAACGAAAUCGGAAUA